AUGGGCAGUAGGGAAAGUGGAGGGCAGUGGGUGGUGAGGCAGUGGAGGGCAAUAGGUGGUAGAAAUGGUGGAGGGCAAUGGAGGGCAAUGGGAGGAAGUGGGAAAUGGUGGGGUAAAAUCUUUCUUACUCAAGUUCCUAAUUGGGUUCAGCCGAUUUUGUUAAGGGUUCGUUUGGUUAUUAGUGAUUGUAUCG